UUGAUAGUGAAUGGCUGGGUUGAUGUGUCAUUGUUCGUAUAUGGUUUGAGAUUAAUUUUUAUAGUUGUGCUUGCCGUUUCAACACGUUUGAACAUCUCGUCUUGACAGUAGAUGUAAAUAAUCUCAGUUACGGGCAGCAAGGUUUAACAUUUUAGGUCUGACUCGAACAUCACCUCAUUCUACAGCUGCUGUGGAAACUGACAGCUGAUCAUAGGACGAAAGCCCAGCCAUCCCACAGGCACCAACCCCCCCCCGGCCUCUCCUCUCGUCCUCUCCCGUCUGCCGCUUCCAGAAAUGAGCGUGAAAAUGGAUCUGAGCUUCUUCCUCCUGCUGCCAGUGCAUAUACUGGUGUGGCUGUACUCUGUCCUGAGUUUUCUGCCCUGGUAUUUCUUGACUGGAGCUCAGGAAAAGAAAGCCCUGGCCAAAAGGAUCAAAGCCAAGUCCACCACGGGCCGCCCGGACGGUCCGUACCGCUCCGUGGACCGCUUUGACUCCCUGGCUCAGGUGGAUUUCCCCGGGAAGGACACGCUGGACAAACUGUUUGAUCACGCUGUGGAGCACUUCAGCCACGCAGACUGUCUGGGCACACGCCAGGUACUGAGCGAGGAGAAUGAGACUCAACCCAAUGGAAAAGUCUUCAAAAAGCUCAUUCUCGGGGAUUACAACUGGAUGUCCUAUCAGGAAAUGGACGUUGUAGUCAGUCAGUUCGGAAGUGGUUUGGCAGCACUGGGCCAACAGCCAAAGAACACCAUCGCUAUCUUCUGUGAGACACGGGCAGAAUGGAUGAUCACGGCCCAGUCCUGCUUCAGGCGUAACUUCCCCUUGGUGACUUUUUAUGCGACUCUCGGGGAAGAGGCAGUGGCAUACGGACUAAACGAGACCAGUGUGACACACCUUGUCACCAGUGUGGAACUGCUGGAAAACAAACUGAAGAGCGUGCUUCCUCAGAUUCCCAACCUGAAACACAUCAUCUACGUGGACCAGAAGGCCGUCAACACCGCCGCUUAUCCCGCCGGGAUACAGAUCCACAGCAUGAGGGCCGUGCAGGAGCUGGGCGCUAAACCCGAAAACAUGUCCCGAGAGAUCGUGCGACCCAGCCCUUCAGACCUGGCUGUCAUUAUGUACACCAGCGGCUCCACGGGUCGACCCAAAGGUGUCAUGAUCAUCCACAGGAACCUCAUCGCCGGCAUGACGGGCCAGUGUGAGAGGAUCCCGGGCCUGGGCCCCAGGGACACGUACAUUGCCUACCUUCCCCUGGCCCACGUGCUGGAGAUGACGGCUGAGAUCUCCUGUGUGACAUAUGGCUGCAGGAUUGGUUACUCCUCUCCACAGACCCUCUCUGAUCAGUCGACUAAGAUCAAGAGAGGCAGUAGGGGAGACUGCUCCAUGCUCAGGCCCACGCUGAUGGCUGCUGUGCCUGAAAUCAUGGACCGCAUUAAUAAGAACGUCAUGAGUAAAGUUCAGGAGAUGAGCUGUGUUCAGAGAGCCCUGUUCAAACUGGCCUACAACUACAAACUGGAACAGAUCAAGAGAGGCUACGACGCCCCUCUGUGUAACGUGGUGUUUAAGAAGGUGCGGGCCCUGCUGGGGGGGAACGUGAGAAUGAUGUUGUCAGGUGGAGCCCCUCUGUCGUCAGCCACUCAGAGAUUCAUGAACAUUUGUUUCUGCUGCCCUGUGGGGCAGGGCUACGGACUUACUGAGACGUGUGGAGCAGGCACCAUCACGGAGGUGGCUGAUUACAGCACAGGCCGUGUGGGAGCUCCUCUAAUCUGCUGCGAGAUCAAACUGAGAGACUGGGCCGAAGGUGGCUACACCAAGCACGACAAGCCUCAUCCACGUGGAGAGGUUCUGAUUGGUGGGCCCAACGUAACCAUGGGUUACUACAGGAGUGAGGGCAGUAACUCUGAGGACUUCUUUGUGGAUGAGAAUGGACAGCGCUGGUUCUGCACUGGAGAUGUGGGGGAGGUCCACUCAGAUGGCUGCCUGCAGAUAGUGGAUCGUAAGAAGGAUCUAGUCAAGCUCCAGGCUGGAGAGUAUGUUUCACUGGGGAAGGUGGAGUCUGUUUUGAAGAACUGCUCCCUGAUUGACAACAUCUGUGCAUAUGCCAACAGUGACCAGAACUACGUCAUCAGCUUUGUGGUGCCCAAUCAGAAAAAGCUGACGGCUCUGGCCAAUCAGAAAGGGAUCAAGGGUACCUGGGAGGAGAUUUGCCAUCACCCUGUCAUGGAAAUGGAAGUCUUACGGGAGAUUAAAGAAGUAGCCACCUCCAUUAAACUCCAGCGCUUCGAGAUCCCGGUCAAAGUCCAUUUGAGUCCAGAACCGUGGACUCCUGAGACAGGCCUUGUCACGGACGCGUUCAAACUGAAGAGGAAGGAGCUGAAGAACCAUUAUCUCAACGACAUCGAGAGAAUGUAUGGCCGCAAGUAGGGACUGCGGCCCGGGCCGGGAAGGGUGUGGGUGUGUCUUCACUGUCAGUCUGGGUGUAAAUAGGACCGGGGCGGGGAGGGCAUGGGCGUGUCUUCACUGUCAGUCUGGAUGUAAAUAGGAGUGUGGGAACCCAUUGGCAUUGCUUAGUGCUGCACACACACCUGGGCGUCUGCAGAGCCGUCUGUGGGGGGGUUAGGUGGGGAUGUUAUGACUGGUCAUUGGUUUAGACGUACGCUGUGGCUUCACACGGGACUGGAUGGGGUGGGGUGGUGUGGGGUGGGGGAAAUACAGCGUAGCUUGAUCAGACCUCAAACAGUUUCACCUGCAAACAAAAGCGUAGCCUCUACACUCAUAAACCAUACAGAGCGAUAAAACUGCCAUCAGAUGAAUCUCUUUGUACAUCUUCUUAUAACCUAUUAUAGCUAUUGUCUUUGUAAGAAAAAAAAAUUGAGACCGAAUUGAACAUGUUUUAAUAGCCUGGUUUGGUUGAAUGUGAAGGAUCAGAGUAAAAGCUGAAUCACUAUGCUGCAGGUGUGACGCUGCCACCCGCUGGCCAAAUAGAGUAUAGUGAUCUUAACAUGCCUUCCAGGAGCUCUUGAUUUUCUGUGUCAGUUUUCUGAUGUGUGUAGUUAGGAGUGUAUGGCCCUAAUAACGGUUGCUAUACACAUUCUUAAAGAAAAUGUCAACAUUUAAAAAGGCUUUGGUAGCCAUGUAACAUCCAUGAUCUUUUUAAGUUAUGAAACAGUUUUGAGUUACAGGUAAUUUAUUCUCGUUGUAGUGUUCAGUUAAAAUAAUGACAUGAAGUUGAAGGUGUGGUUUGUGACUUUCUCAGGAAUUGUGAAAGGAAUGUGAGAUUACAGGCUGUGUUCUGGGCUGAGAGAUGUGUGUGGAAGAACACAGAGGUGGGAAAUGAAGACCUUAUGGAGUAAUUUUUACUUUAAUGAAGGGAACUCGGCUCCAGAACAGGUGGUUUGGCCUGACGUGUGGCCCCAUGGCUGCGGAGUCUUGUUUCGUUUAUUUACGUUUUUGUUUCACGGGUACAAGAAGUAAUCGGAAGUGAUUUUUUUUCACUUUUUAAGGAGUCUUCACUGUUCCUUUUUUUUUGCACUCAUUUCCAAAUGAUUGUUUUUUUUAAUCGGUCACAUGAGACGGUGAUGUGUUUAUUGUGACAAACAUUUCCCGCGUAGCUCGUAAUUUAAUGCAGAUGAUCUCAGAUCAGCUUUAAGAGGUUUGUAGCUGUUGCCAAACAUUUCCUUGGUGAGUAGUGUACCAUGCAGGAGUGUAAGCACUGUUCCAAAGCCACAGUCUUUGUCUCUGCCAGCACUGAGGUCCUUUCAAUAUGUACUGACACACGGUCUGGUUCCCAAACACUGUUAGAAUGAUACGUAUCUCUGUCAGCCAUCCAGCAGUGUACGGUUCACCUCUGUGUGUCAUCAUGCACUGACCCUGCUCACCCAGGAGAGAGCAGGUCAGAAACUGAACUCAGAUCAGCUUGAGACACCUCUGAUUCGAAAGAGUUUGUUUGUUUACAUGUC